CUCCGGCAUGAAGAAAAUUUUGCAAACCUCUUCCCACAUACCACAAAGGUCAAACACUCACACAUAAUGACACAUACCUUAGUUUAACUUCCCCUACUCUAUGUCCCACCCCAAGAUUCCAAACUCCUCUAUAUUUUAUCAUAUUUCUUCAUUCUUUAUUGCAUAUAUGUUAUAACUAUACACUCUUCUUUUCUUCUUUAAAACUUCUCACCACCCAACCCCAAUAAUAUUUUCAUCAUCGUUCCUUCAUCUUAUCUUCUUGGUGCAGCUUCUAUGAGUUCUGCCAUAACCAAACCUCCUACAAGUGAGUGUGGCUCCUCCGAGGAGAGUGGUUGGACUAAGUACUUUGAGGAUUUCCUUAACGACCAUCGUAUUGAUGAUCACAAACGUUGUUCUGUGUCUUUCUCUGGUGUUGAUAGCGACUCCACCCUCUUUUCCUGUGCUGCUCAGAAAACCUUAACUGAUGAUGACACCACGCAACCUCAGGAUUCAUGUUUCAGGAAGAGAAAGAAGAUCAAAACUGCUUUAGUGGUUGAUGAUGCUUUGGAAGAUACUGCAACUUCUCCGGUCAAAGGUUCCAAGGGAAAAAAAACUACCUCAAGAGAGAGAGAUGAAAGUCUUAGAAGUGACAACGACCACACAGAACUGAAGAAGAAAGGUCUUUGCUUAGUUCCUAUGUCGAUGAUAGCGAAAUAUAUUGGUUGAUUAAUUCCAUGAAAAACCACUCAAUAUAUAUGCAUUUGAGAAAAUAUAUCCAUUGACACCCACAGGAAAAGAAAAUGAAUAUGGAUGUGCAACAAGAAAAAGGAUAAUGAGAAAAUUGUGAAUUCUUGAGUGUUGAAAAUACUUAUGAAUUUCUCUCUCUCUUA